AUGGUGUCACCUGAUGACCUAAACAACAUUCUGAAUGCUAUGCGUGAUAAUAAAAGCCGGGUUUUUCUUUGAAAAGAAGUGGAAAAAAUUCGGACAUCCAUGAAUCCACAUCCAGCCAACCAGAAAACUAUGAACGUGCCACGAGAGAAUGGCAAAGAGCUGCCUGGAAUGCAGCACAAAUAUCGAGAAACAGUUCUCUUUUUUCCUACUGAAGGUCAGUGGUGCCACACGUUCUGUACAUAUUGUUUCCGCUGGGCUCAGUUUACAUCGGUUGGAUCUCAGCAAGCCUUUCAGUCAUAUGAUACUGAGAAACUGGCAUGUUAUAUUCGAAAACACAAAGGAAUAAAAGACGUCUUAUUUACCGGUGGUGACCCUAUGGUGAUGACAACAAAACAGCUUGAAAGAUACAUCAACCCACUCCUGCAGGAUCCAACACUCGACCACUUGAGGACUAUUAGGAUUGGUACCAAGUCUCUUGCCUAUUGGCCUUACCGUUAUGUCACGAAUGAUGACGCGGACGAUUUACUGCGGCUGUUUGAAAAAGUCACCAUGUCCGGUCACCAUCUUGCUAUCAUGGCUCAUGUGUCCCAUCCCCGCGAACUCCAAUUACCUGUCGCCAGGGAAGCAAUCCGACGGAUACGCAUGACCGGAGCAGUCAUUCGCACCCAGGCUCCAUUGAUCCAUCAUGUCAAUGCAGACUCGAGGGUCUGGGUUGAAAUGUGGCAGUCCCAGCUCUCUCUCGGCAUGGUUCCUUAUUAUAUGUUCGUGGAGCGAGACACCGGCGCUAAACAUUAUUUUGAAGUUCCGUUGGUCGAAGCUUCCCGAAUCUAUCACGAAGCUAUUCAGCGCGUUUCCGGAGUUGCGAGAACGGUGCGUGGUCCGUCCAUGUCUGCUGCUCCGGGAAAAGUACAUUUGAUAGGAACUGCAGAAAUUGCCAAUGAAAAAGUAUUCGUUUUGCAAUUUCUUCAGGCACGAAAUUCUCAAUGGACUGGACGACCGUUCUUCGCAAAAUACGAUGAGAAGGCAGCAUGGUUGAACCAGUUAAAACCUGCGUUUGGAGAAGAUAAAUUUUUCUACGAGGACGAACUCAAAGAGUUAGAAGACGCUGGAAAUUCCUCAGGAGUCCUGUUUCAGUAUCAAUAAAUUGUCCGGUUCGAGAAGAGAAAAGAAAAGAGUCACGAGGGAAACUGAUUAACGAAUGCAAUUUCUUUUCACCUCGAUCAACUGAAACUGUCUUAUUUUACGUUUCAACUCACCCGUGCCAGACCCCCUUGCCACGUUCUCGAUCAGUAGGAGACGAGGAACAAAAAGCAACUGAGGGACAAUCGAUUUCUCUCGCUCGCGAGGUUUUCUCGUUCGUGUCCACAGACCGAGAGCCUGUAACAGCCUGUACUGAACAGACAACCAAUAACACUCAUCAGAUCAGAAGAACUGGACUCUCGGUUCCCCAUCUCAACGGGCAAAUGACUGCGUUAGUGGCUUCGAGGAGAAAAUUGAAUCGCUCGUAUAUAGCCUAAUUAAGUUUGUGAUGAAAUGUAGUUAGUCAGGAACAGUCACAAGCCUAUAUUUGAUGUGUUAGGUUUAGUUGAUCGUGUACAACUUAAACAAACAAAAUUGCAAAAAAAAAAAAAACAAACAAAUAAUAAUAAUGAAUAUAAUUAUACUCACUGCGACUUCAAUAGGUCGAUCCCAUUCCCUUACAAGUAUGUUUAAGGUACAACAUUUCAUUUGUCGCCACUUCGAAGAGACGUUAAUAAAUAUAAUAACCUCAAAUUUUAGCGAAACGAACGCAAUUCAUCACAUCACCCACUACUGUCAGUUAAGGCAUUCGCUUAUGAACAUAUCAUAUGCAAACAACAGCGAACCCGUAUUAGACAGUCAUCUCACACCAGCUAAGUAAUUCGCAUAUGGACAGCAUAGUUGAGCAUUUUAAGCGAAAUAUCAAGAAGGUAGCUGAUAUAUCGGAUUCCCACACGGCAAUCAUGUAAUGAAGUCGUAAUCAGUCCUAGUUUUUAACUUAAGCUUAACUGAUCAUUUCCCAUGUUUAAAUAAAGAUUUACAUAAGUACAUACACAAUCAUAUGCAUACUAUAUAAUUUGGAUAUAUCAACAACGAUAUAUCCGACGAACGUCUAACGCUCGAAACUUCAGCUUUUGUAAU